CCGAAUACAUGGCUCUGAGCGAUGCUACGCGCCAGAUUGCCUGGAUCCGCACUUUGUUGACUGAGCUCGGAUAUGACUUGCCAUCCACGCCUCUUUGUGUUGAUAACCAAGGCGCUAUCUUUAUGGCAGUAAAUCCAGUUCAUGAUAGGAGGACGAAGCACAUCGACAUCCGCUAUCACUUCGUACGAGAAUCCGUCGAAGCUGGCAAUGUCCAACUUUACCAUGUGCCGACUGAUGCGAUGAUCUCCGACACGCUCACAAAGUCUCUGGCAUGGGUGAAGUUCCAACAACAUCGGCUGUCUUUGGGUCUUCGUGAUCCGACUGUUUAGUCGAGUGGGAGUGUUGAAGCUUGUUUGUAUUAGC